GGAUGACGCGUGUUGCCCGUCGUCGUUCCUUGUGCAGGAAGUGGUAACAUGGGGCGAUGAGAUACACAUGAAAGUCAUUCUACCGGCAAAACCAGAGGCGAGACAAAAUUGACAAAAGCUCCGUAUUUAUCCUCCUGUUGUUAGUUUGUUAGAGUAUAAAGUUAUAGUUCUAUGUUAGGUUUGAUACUGAAUCUGUAUUGCUAUCAUACAACAGCCACUAGUCAGUAAAGCUGAAGGGCUGGCUAUUAGUAACCGUAACGUUAUAGUAACUUGUAGUUACAUCAGAAUAGGGCUUGGCAAUCUUACCCCAACAUUGUCAUCAUGAUACGAACAGGAGUGCAGCAGAUGGCCAAGGGACUGUGCCAAAUAAUGGGACGUGAAAUCUCAAAGGGAAAUUUCAACACCAACAUCAGACAACAAAUGACUCCAAGAGGGACUUUCCAGCUUCCCUGGUCCUCUAUCAACAGUGUCCGAACCAUGGCGGUGCUGCCCUGGCCUUUCUCUUUCCAGCCACGGGACUUCAGCCUGCCCAACUUGUCCUGGGGCUCCGACAUGAGGCGUCUGUAUGAGCACUAUAACAGCCAGUGUGAGGUAGAGACAGAUGACGGAGAGAAGAAGUGGGGGGUCUGGAGAAGACUGCCCAGCUAUAACCGCUCCCUCAAGUACGCCACAGGUGGGGUGUAUUUGAGUAAGAUCAUUCAGUCGAAGGCUCGUCUGUUCACGCGGAACAUCAGGGAGCAGGGAGCAGCGUUCGAGUACGUUGUGUUUGUCAACAAGCAGGAGCAGAAGUGUGUGUGUGUGUUCCAGGCUGGCCACCUACUGGAGGGACCCCCGGGGCACGUCCAUGGGGGGGCAAUAGCUACCAUGAUUGACACUGUAACGGGGACCCACGCCACCUACCUCUCUGGGCCUGUCAUGACUGCCAACCUCAACAUCAACUACCGCAGCCCCAUCCCAUUGGGUAGUACAGUGCUGCUCACCUGCUCAUUGGAUAAGAAGGAGGGACGGAAAACCUUUGUUUCCUGUCAAGUGACCAAUACGGACAGCUCCAAACUACACACAGAGGCCACAGGGCUGUUUCUGUCAAUCACAAUGGGAGACCUAUUAGGAGGAUGAUGGAUAGGCCAACUCAUCGACCAACCAGACGCUACAAACACACAACAUCAGAAACAGCACUGACUUCCUAGGGGGUGUGUUUGUCUGCACUCAAAUGUUUGUGUGUGUGUGUGUGUGUGUGUGUGGUUCUGACUGUCAGAUCCAGUAAUCUUCUUAACUCUAGCAGUUUGCCUGAGACACCUGAUGCCUUGCGCUCCACUGACAUAGCAUACAGAUACUGUAUAUCAUAGACACAACCGGUUGUGGAUAUUUUACCUCUCUUUCUCCACUGUUACACACUCCUGGACAACCAGCUCCAGUCAGAGUGAAGGACAUAACCUCUGGUAUAUUAUAUUUAGGUUGAGGCUGUGGAUACAACUUUUCUGAACCCUUCUUCCCGACAGCUAAAGGUCCCGACACUUCUGCAUGUGCAGGAUUCUCUACUUUACGCACCUCCCUUCACAUUUCUCAGUCAAUUGUGAAUGAUAAUCUUCAUGUUUUACCGGUGAAACAUCCAUGCAGCAUCUGCAUACCUGUGUUAGGUUCAAUCAUAGCACAUAUUUUGCCUAGUGGCACGUGCUGUUGAGUUUUGGCCACAUGAGAGAAAAAUGUGCCCAUUUGCACAAUCAUCCUAAAAUCUCAUAAGAAAUGAGGUGGUGUUUUGUCUUACAGUAAUUUUAUACUACACUAUUAUAUUGGGUUCAGUUAUGUAGAAUACCAUCAUUGUGUGAUCUGGCAGACAUUGAUUCAGCUUUGAUCUAACUUUAUUAAACGCGCACCAUUCACCAGAGUAGCUUGUUCUCUACGAGUAGAACAGAGACUGUGUGUAAAGAAGCUUCGGGACCUUUAGCCGUCGGAAUGAGGGGUCUAGAAAAGUUGGAUCCACAGCCACUCUGAUAUAUUUAAUAGAUAGUUUAUUUUUUGUAUUUUAUUUGUAUAAUUAUUAAUAAUUUAUUGGGCCUUUUACAGUUUGAGAUUUUAAUCAUUGCUGAUAUGUUAUUUUGUGACCAGUAUGACCUCUUGAAUAAAGCCUUACCUCUUGGGUACUGUA